GGAGAAUCGCUGGUUGUCGAAUAGCGAACACCUGUCGCCGCGAUGAAGCCGUCAACCUUACUUUCGCUCUGCAUAAUAAUCAUUAUUGUAGGAACCGAAAAUGUCUCGUCAGUUUCGCGGUACGAAAAACUGCUAGUUGUAUCCUACGAUGCAUUUAGGUACGACUACUUCAACAGAAAUUUGACCCCCUUUAUGAAUGAAUUAAAGAAAGAAAAUACUCAUGCAGAUUAUAUGGAGAAUGUUUUCGUGACCAAGACUUUUCCCAAUCACUUUUCUAUUGCAACAGGCCUUUAUGAGGAAACUCACGGUGUAAUUGGUAAUCAAGUCUUCAUCCCGGAAACUCAUAAAGUUGUGAGAUAUUCUUACGCCAUGUUUCAUUACAACGAACAAAUAGCUCCUAUUUGGAUUGUCAAUGAAAAAGCAAGCCUAGACAGACACAGCGGAAUAAUGAUGUGGCCUGGGGGUGAUCAAAAAUAUCUUGGUGUUGAACCCACAUUUUUCCAGAAAUUCAAUAUGUCUGUCCCAUGGGAAGACAGAGUAGAUCUAAUGAUAUCUUGGUUUACGCAUCCGACCCAACCAAUAAAUCUUGGUUUCUUGUAUAUAGAAGAACCAGACACAACUGGUCAUGCAGUAGGAAUUAAUGACGCUGCCUUUAAUUUGGUCCUUAAAAAAUUGGACAACCUUACAAAGUAUAUUUACAAGAAUUUGAAUAACCAUGGUCUAAAAGAUGUGAACGUCAUUCACUUGAGCGAUCAUGGAAUGGAAAGUAUUACAAAGGAGAAAAUUAUAGAUCUGAAUAAUUUUGUUAAUAGUUCAGAUUAUACUAUCGUGGAAUCUUCAGCAGCCUUGCAAAUUUUUCCUAUUACUGGAAAACUGGACAUAGUACAUCGGCAGCUGGUAGAAGCGGCGAACAAAACUGGACAUUUUACUGUUUACAAGAAAGAAGAAAUUCCUGAUAGGUAUCACUUCGGAAAGAACCCCAGAAUCCCACCGAUAUUUAUUGUGGCAGAAAUUGGAUAUGGGUUUAAUGAUAUGUACAAAAAAAUCGAGUACUAUGAGAAAGCGUACAAUUUCACUGCCAACAACCUAUCGGAAUUUGGACUUCACGGAUAUGACAAUGAAGAGCCAGCUAUGCGACCGAUGUUUUUUGCUUACGGCUCAAUAUUCAAAAAGAAUUACGAGAUUCAACCAUUCAGUAAUAUAGACCUUUUCCCCUUAUUUUGUGAAAUACUAAAUUUGUCAUGUCCACCCGUAAACGGAACUCUAGAGAAUGUGAGAAGUGGCCUAAAUUCCGCAUUGAAAAUACCUCCAUUUCAAAUAGGACUAGCAAUUGUUGGAGUGUUGUUACUGCUGGGAAUUGGAAUCGUUAUGACUGUAUAUAUUGUUAGACAGCGAAGGGACCGAUUAAACGCAUAUUACAGUUGCCAAUUCAGUGUACCAUCACGAAAAUAACUUUAUUUCCUAGGAUACUAUCUACUGAACCUGAUAACGAAUAUCUUCAAAAUAGACAUUCGGAUUUUGAGGUAAUUUAAUACUUCACGAAUUUAUUUAGAUUUAAUUGACAUCUAUAAGUAGAAUCUACAAAAUGGUAAGAGAGACACAGAGUGACAUGUAAGAUUUUGCAGAAUUACUUCUAGUUUUUAAUUCAGUAUCAAGAUUUAUUAUGUGACCAAACUUCAGUGACCCUAAACACACACAGUAUUUAACGUCAUGAGGAAAUAGUAACAUAUCAUGGAAGUCUGCUGUUGUGACAUAUGCUUAAUGAAGUAUAAAACAACACCAGCGAAGAACAGAAACUAUAAAUCCUAUCAAGUAGAUGUAACAAUAGUAUUAUGUGCCAAGACGUAUUGUGCCUUGAAAAAGGCUAAUCA